GAUGUUCCAAAUGACGAUGAGCCGGAGUUUGUCAGUUGCCGAAAGCCAUAUGACGACUUCGAGGAGGAAAUGGACGACGACACACGUGACAUGGACGGAUACGACGAGCAGGAUACUGGCGAUGUAGAUGGUGACUAUUACAAUGAGGAAGACGAUUGCAUAGGGGAUGACUAUGCAGAUGACGACUGGGAGUCCAGUUACGGCUCGAGUGAAGCCGACUCCGACGACUUUCACCACCUUUGGCCGGAUCCCUUCGAGGAGGGCACCCAGGCUUCCAGCGCGCCCAGGUCGCCCACCCCAUCCAUGGCUGGAGAGGCGACGGUCCAGGUGCCGCUUUGCGGAGUUGGCCUCUGCUGGCAGGCAGACGAUGCUGAUUUGAUCUCAGAUGGUCUCAAGGUGCUUUGCCUUUCACGCCCGCCUCACUGGCGAGAUGGGCCUCCGGAGGUUCGGCGUGAGCCGAGCGACGAGUCCAGAAGUUGCUACGACCACUCCCGAGCAGCUGGCGAUUUUCGUUGCUGCCCAGACGAUUUCUGGGCGGCGUUUCAUCAGAAGGUCCCUCACCCUCAGCGGCCCAACUUCCUCGGCGAGGGCUGUGCUGCGCAGGGUGUCAGGUUGACGGAUUGA